AACUAGGCCGUGUAUAAAUACAGCUGCAUGGCUUCCCGACCUUCAUCACUCAUCAAUGGCGGAAGAAGGCUUACCACAAUCCCCAAGCCCUAACCGCGCCAAAGCACUCGAUCAAUACCUCAACCGUUUCUACUUCUUCCUCCUCCUCAUUCCGAUCACCAUAGCCACCGCCUUCCUCUCCCUCGAUUCAAUUCCCUGGAAUUUCUCCUAUUUCGAAUCGAUUUGCUACCUGCUCAUGGUUGUCCUCGCCGCGAAUUUCCUAACCAGGUGCAGGUCGCCGGCGACCUACCUCGUCGAUUACGCGCUCUUCAAUCCUCCUCAGCACCUCCGCGUCCCCUUCGCAACCGUCGUGGAGCACGCAAAACUCCUAUUCGCCGACGAACCGGAGCCGGCGAAGUUCCAGUUGAAGCUACUUUCCCGCUCCGGCAUAGGCGAACAGACCUGUGUUCCGCCGUCGAUCUGGUACAUUCCGCCGCGCCCUAGCCUCCGAUUAGCCGGAGAAGAAGCAGAGCUCAUCGUCUUCUCCUGCGUCGAAUCGCUCCUCCGGAAGACGCAGAUCCAUCCGAGAGAAAUCGAUAUACUCAUCGCCAAUUGCAGCCUCUACUGCCCCGUGCCGUCCAUAACCGCCAUGGUUAUCAACAAAUACAAGCUCAGAAGCAACGUCAAGAGCUUCAACCUCUCGGGGAUGGGAUGCAGCGCCGGACUCAUAUCCAUAGAUCUCGCGAACGACCUCCUCCGCACAAAUCCAAAUUCAAAUGCGGUGGUAAUCAGCACAGAGAUUCUCAGCAAUUCGUUCUAUCUAGGUAAGGAACGAUCGAUGCUCCUCCCGAACACCUUAUUCCGAAUGGGCGGCGCUGCCGUGCUGCUCUCCAACAAACCUUCCGAACGCCGCCGCGCCAAGUACAAGCUCCUCCACCUCGUCCGAACGCACAGAGGCGCCGACGACAGAUCCUACGGAUGCAUAUCGUACGAAGAGGAUCCCCAAGGCUACGCCGGAAUAAAACUCAACCUAGAUCUGAUGAAAGUCGCCGGCGACGCGCUGAAAUCGAACAUUACUCGCCUCGCUCCGCUCGUCCUCCCGUUCUCGGAGAAGCUCCGGUACGCUCAAUCCCUAAUUUUGCACAAAUUCGCAACCGCGAAUGCGAAGGUAUACUCGCCGGACUUCAAAAAGGCGUUCGACCAUUUCUGCAUCCACGCCGGCGGGAGAGCGGUGAUCGAUUCGCUGCAGAAGAAGAUGGAUCUGACGGCGGAGAACGUGGAGGCGUCGAGGUCGACGCUGCACCGAUUUGGCAAUACGUCGUCGUCUUCGGUGUGGUACGAGUUGAGCUAUAUUGAGUCGAAGGGGAGGAUGAAGGGCGGGGAUCGAGUGUGGCAGAUUGCAUUCGGGAGCGGGUUUAAGUGCAACAGCGCCGUCUGGAUCUGCAAUCGGACGGUCACAAUUCCGGUCGAGGGACCAUGGGCCGAUUGCAUUGAUAACUAUCCGGUUCAUAUUCCGGAGGUUAUCAAUAUUUAAUUAAUUAAUUAGUUAUGAACAAUAAUUGAAAAUAAUACUCCCACUUUCCCUGGAUUGAAAGUCUGUGUUAGUGGAGACGCCUAACGAGUACAUAAUUAAAAAUAAUUAUUUUAUAAUA